AUGGACCACCCGAAUUACCAGACUAGACCAUCAAAUCCAGGUCCAUCUCCACGCAGCUCUUAUAAUGAACAAUGGUCUAGAUCAUCAAAUUACCAUGGUCCAUCUCAAUACUACUCUAAUCAAUCAUCCAGUCGAGGUAAUGCACAAAGCAGUUCCCAAUUUUACCCAAAUGGCCGGUCUUAUUCAAGGGGAACAGAUAUAGAUGCAGAAGAGCAACAAUAUCUUUCAAGGCAAUUAUCUUCAAUCUUGCGGCACAGAGCUCGAGAUAUGAAACUUCAUAUAGAUAGUGGUGGAUUUGUGGCUGUUGAUGAAAUACUUCGGCUACCAAAUUUUCGGGAUGCCAAUUCAAAAGUUAUCGAGACAAUUGUUGAAAAGGAUAGUAAACAACGGUUUCACUUGAAAACGGAUGAGAAAUCAAAGCGUAUGUUCAUUCGAGCAAACCAAGGCCAUUCGUUGAAGUUGGAAAAUCUUGAUUUGAGAGAAAUUUUUGAUGCCUCCGAAUAUCCUACCGUUUUGCAUGGUACUUACUAUGAAAACUGGAAGAAAAUAAGGACGCAGGGUUUGAAAACAAUGCAAAGAAAUCACAUUCACUUUGCUGCUGAUAUGCCAGGAAGCUCUGGAGUAAUAAGUGGUAUGAGACAGUCAUGUGAAAUAAUUGUAUAUUUGAAUUUGGAGAAAGCAUUAAAAGAUGGCAUAAAGUUUUACAUUUCAUCAAACAAUGUCAUUUUGAGCCCUGGAAAUGAAAAGUAUAUGAUUGAACCACAAUAUUUUGAGAAGGCUGUUGACUAUGUCACUCAACGUAAUUUGAGUCUAACUGAACCAGUUGAAACCGGUCCAACCAAAAGCAGCAAUAUUUCGGAACGUGUGGCUUUAAGAGAGGCAGGUAAAAAACCAGAUGGGAAAUCCAAUAAUUAUCCUCCUGGUUAUAAUCCUGUUGAUGACACCUCAUCUGAGAAAGCUGAUAAGAAAAAGAAGAAGAAGAAGAAGAAAGAUAAGAUGCAGAACAAUACGGCUGAGCAAGAAGGAAAAAAUAUGAAAGCAUCUAAAAAACAAAAAAGUGACAUUAUUGAAUCCGAACAAGAGAAAAAUCCGAAACUAAAAAGCAGCUAUGAAAUAACUUCUGCUGUAAAUGUAGACCAGAAGGACGAAGAUGAAGAAGAAGAAGCUGUGAAGAAAAGCAAGUGUAAGCAGAAAAAGAAAAAAAGCAAGCAAGAAUUCUCAAAUCCUGAAGAUGAGGAAAAACAUGUUACAGAAGAACAGGAUACUGUAGAAUCAGAGAAUGAUAAAAAGUUCUUGAAACAGUUUGAUCCCACUCUUGAACAAGAACUGUUGAAAAUGGAUAAAAUAGCAGUAUUGGCCCAGUCUAAAAUACUUGCUGUUGGAAAUAUGGAUAAAUUGAUAGUUUUUGAUAAGGAAAAAGAAGAGGAUAAUGUGAUUGUACAAAAGAUUAUGAAUAAUAACAAAAGUAUAAAGUUAAUAACUCAAACAACCAGCAGUAAUAUGAAGGAUUUAGAUAUCAAAAAAUUCCAAAAAGUUCUGGAUCUCUCGAUUCUUUACAAUGAAAUGAAUGAAAAACCUUUCAAUGGUGAUGUGAGAGUAUUAUAUGAAAAAUCUACAAAGAAGACUUCAAAAUGUUCAGGUGACAUAGAAAUACAGUCUGAAAAUUUGAAAAUUGACUCUAAUCACAGGAAAGCUGCUUUAUUUGUGUGGCAAGCAUUUGAGCUUUAUAAAUAUUAUGAGGAAAGACUGAAUCAAGAGAUCCAGAAAAAAAUUUUCAAGUCAAGUUUAGAAGCACUUAAAAGGAAAAUGUCAUCCAAUAAUUAAUAAUUUGCACAAUUACUAAAUUAAUGUGUAAUUACGAUUAAUGAUAGUUGUGUAAUUACAUAUAUAAAUUUUGGUAUAUUCAUCUGCUGUUGAUUAUGAGCCACAUAAAAGGGGAAAAAAUUAUAGAAAUUUUAAAGAAUUAAUAAGUUGCAUACAUACUAAAAUGAACAUGUAAAUUUCAUAUCUAUGAUAAAUAUGUCAUAACAUUAAUUUUGGUAGAUUCAGCUGCCAUUAAUUAUGAGCCACAAUGUGACAUAGUGGUUUGUUUCAAAUUGCAAUUUAAGCAUAUCCUACUGUAAACAUUACCAUGUUGAAGAUUACAUUAAUUUGUCUUAGUCAGACAAACAGGAAAAUCUGCUAGAUCCCUUCUUACUAGAUAAUGAGCAUUUAUAAAAAAAAUUUGCUAUAAAUUAUGCAAAUACUUGUUUUUUCAAAACUAUAUAUAUCUCAAUGGCUUGGAAAUUUUAAAUAUAAAUAAAAUAAGUGCAAAUAUAAAAAAAAGAAAUACAAAAGCGUGUGUUGUUUUCUUAAUUUUUCUUUAUCUCUUUGAUCAUAUUUUCAAUGCUGUAUUGUUCAUGGGCUUUCUGGGCUGGAUGAUUAGUUUAAAUGUAGCAAGAAUAGUUAAACUGAACAAAUAUUAAUACUGCAUUUUUUAAAUCUUUACCAUAGGUUUAUUGAUCUAGGUAAUGAGAUCAACUUGUUGAAUUGCAAGUUAGAAAAUAGAAGAAAAAAAGAGCUUUCUAGAAAUCAAAUAUCAGGCACUACAAAUUAUCAAUUCUUUUGGGUCAUUAAUUUUAACUUCAAGAUGAAGUAGAAUCUCAUUUGAGUUAAAUCUAAAUUUUCACUGAAUAAUUUUUCAUGAAGGAGAAAGUGUAUUAGUAAAAAGUGUACAAAAAUAGCAAACACAAAAAUCAGCUAUUAUUAAUGAAUAAUUUUAAUGUUUUAAAUUAGGACAAGAAAACAUAUUAGUACAAAAUGGACAGGAGAGUUUUACUAUUUUCUUUUCUUUAUGCCUUGAGGGAUAUUGAAAGAAUAUUAAUAACUUCCCCAGAUGUUUUAGUGCUUUUCCAAUUCAGCAUCAUUUUAGCAAUGUGAUUUUCUUCAAAAUGAAAGUGAAAUUGUACCAAUGUCCAAAGAUAUUUAGCAUUUUUUUUCUUUUUAUGCUAAAGCUAUCAUUCUUGCAACAAUGUCAGAUUAUUACAGAUAAAAAUCCAACAAUGUCUACAUCUUAAAAAUAACCAUAUCAUCUUGAAGAUUUUAUAAAACGUUACUUUUAGAUCAUUCAUCUGCCUUGUUUUGGAAGAGGGUUAGGGAUACUUCAUUUAAUUAUUUGUUCUUGAUGGUGGUAGAAACUUGUGAAAUGUUAAUAAAAUCAAAAAAAAAUUCCUCAUUUUUCACCUAUUGCAUUAUGUUCAAAUAAAUAUCAAAAUAUGCUAAAUGUUGACAGCCAUAUUUUAAGAGAAUUAAAUCAAUGCAGAGCAGAAUAACUUAACUUAGAUAUUUGAAGAGAAAGAAAUUUCAAGGGUGAAAAAUAAAACUGAGGUGAAUAAGGAAUUGAAAACAAAAAAAA